GGGAGGGGUUUGUUUCAUUCCCUCGCCCCCAGUCCCCUCCUCGGAAGUGGACACUAGCUGUCUACAUUCCCCUAUUUUAUUUUUAUAUUUUGCAACAAAAUCCCCAAAUGGAAGCCAAGAUGGACGAUUAAGCCCCAAAACGGCCCCCCGAUUUCACCCUUUAUUUAUCAAUGAACUGAGAGGACCGGAUGAAAUCCAACUGGGGUUUUCUCCGCUUUGCAGGGGAGGUAGCUGUAUCCAGUGGGGAGGAAGGCUUGACCGGGGUGAGAAAGCAUGAAGAUCACCGAACCCUGGGGAGUCCACAGGCUGGCUUUUCUUCUAGAAAAGGCCAUGUCCAGGGAAGCCAAGAUGUGGAAGGGCUAUGUGGCAAAGAAGCCCUCCUCACAGGAUACAGAUAUCUCUCCAGCUCAGCGGGACGAGGCGGUGUGCUGGCUUUUGGAGCUCCACAGUAGACUGCAGCUGUACCCAGAAACCCUGGUGUUAGCUGUUAGCAUACUGGACCGUUUCCUUGCUUCCAUCAAGGCCCGUCCAAAGUAUCUGCGCUGCAUCGCCAUUGCCUCCUUUUUCCUGGCUAUCAAGACCUGUGAGGAGGAUGAGUGUGUACCCUCUCUGAGGGAGUUGGCUGCUUCCUGCAGCUGUGGCUGUUCUCCAUCAGACAUCCUGAGGAUGGAAAGAAUCAUCCUUGACAAACUGAACUGGGAUCUGCACAAUGCCACGCCGCUGGACUUCCUGCACAUAUUCCAUGCAAUGGUGUUGUCAUGUUCCUCUGGUCUUUUGGACUCCUUGAUGGGACUGAACCGAUCCCAACACCUUGCCCUGCUCACACGCCGACUCUACCACUGUUUGGCCGAUCACACACUCAUGAAGCUGAGAGGAUCCAUGCUGGCCUUGGCUAUCCUCACUCUGGAGCUGGAGACCUGCUGUCCUGACUGGCUGGCUCUCACCAUUGAGCUGCUGAAGAAGGCACAGAUCGACACCUCGGAGUUGAUCCGAAGUCGAGAGCUUGUUGCUUGGAGUCUUUCUGCACCGAGUGUUUCCUUGCCGCCAAACACAGUCUACAUCUACCAACCCCUUCAGAACCAAACCACCCUGCAACCUCCCACCCAGGACACUCUGGGGAGCGUCACCUCCUCCACUGAGUCUUCCACACCAGGCCAGCCUCAGACCCCAGCUGGAGAGGAGGGGGGUUCCCAGCAGCCCUGCGGCUCUCUCAUCUCCACCUCCAAUGACAGCAGCCUCCCAGCUCUCCUUUCACCUCCCAAGUCGUGUCACCGUAACCACCUGCACAAGGUCACGCUACGCUGCAAGGUGUCUACAAAGCGCAAGGUGGAGGAGAUGGAGGUGGAUGACUUCUACGACGGCAUCAAACGCCUCUACAAUGAAGACAUCACCGCCGCCACCACCACUGUCCAGGAGGGGGCGUCACCUGUGAUGGGGGCAAUAACGCCAACAGGUGAAGGAGGAGGCUUCCUGAUGUCCUCCCCCUGCCCGCCGCUACAGCCAGUCGGUGCCUCCUAAACAGCGGUCCAAGUCGUGCUGGUCAGAACCAUCCUGUCACUGACGUUAUUGGCAACACCAUCAGAGGCUUUGCAGGUACAUUAGAAGCAAUAGGUGCAGCUUCUCCAACGUCCUGAGUGAUUUAGAUGGUUCGGAUUAGCACAACUCCCCCCCACCCCCUCAAAAAAAUCUGUUCAGGUUGACCUGAGCUCCCAUCAUCCCUUCAGCCAGAAAACAGAGCCCCAAAAAAACUACAAAUAAAAAAAGCCUGCUGCUAUUAUUGUUAUGAUGACAUUUGUUUGACAAAUACAAAAAAAGUAUAUAAACAUAAAAGUAUCCCUUAAACAAUCUAGAACUGACUCGUGUGUGUUCACUUUUAUUUGUUGUUAACCCCUUAAUUUAUUCACUUGAAUGUUCCCCUCAUCCUGCUGUUAACACCGAAACAUAGAAAAAAAGUUACAUAUUUAGCAAAGUGCACUUUUUUUCUAUAAGAUGCUCAUUUAAACGUCUGUUAUCCAUCCUUUGCCAUUCCCUCUAUCAGCUUGUUUGAACCAAGGGUUUUCAGGGUGUUUUGGUGAUGCAUUUGGGUUUCAUCUGGACAAGUAAUAGUAAUAGUUUGGGCACGGUCCAAACGACUGCACCGACCUCACCUUUAACCAGAAGCUAUAAUACAACCAUAAAGUUAUGCAACUGCUGUAGAAAAGUCAUGUGUUCUAAUGGGACACAGUGGAAGACAAAGUAAGUAUUUGAUCCCCUGCGCAUUUUGUACAUACAUGAACAUCCUUUUUAUGUUAGGUUUCAAAAUAAAAUUAAGGAAAAGAUCAAUAAAGUUGUAUUUGACUGAAUGAGAUAAGUGUUGCGAUUGUGACCAAGGCAACAAAGGAGUGGCUCAAAAACAAGCACAUAAACAUCCUAAAACUAACAACUACUCUCUGGAACUUAAUCUCAAUGAAAAUCUGUGAGAAGAGCUGAAACAAUGAGUUGCCAAGCGACAGCAUCAAAACUGGCUGGAAUUGGAGCGUAUCUGAUGAGUGUAAAUACUCAUUGCCUUCAGUCUUAUGCAAAUUCAGGGUUAUCUUUCUGAAUGUUAUUGUCGCUAUUGUGUGUGUCUCUGUUACAAUCAACCCAACAUAUGGACUGCUCGUGUCUUUGUAAGGGUGUAAACAUACAAAAUAAGCAGGGGAUCAAAUACUUACUGUCCAGCUAAUGUAUGUGUUUGAAGAAGAGGCAUACUGCCAGCCAGAGGGGUUGAAAUCCUACUUUAUAUAUUCUGGUGUAGUAAACCUCAAGGGCAUUUUAACGCGACGCAACAGAAACGUGUGCGCUUCUGUCUGCUUUCAACACAGACGACAUGAAGUGAUGAGUGAUUCAUUGUCACUGCAUAUGCGGACUUUAAUCUGUAGAUGUUUUUAUUACUGCAAAAAGCUCUGUUUUACUUCCUGGAGGGACCUGCUGGAUGCAGCUCCUGGUCCCUGAACGCACCAUGUGGCACAAAUAAAGAGUAUGAAAACAAACAA